GGGAAGAGGAAUCUAGAUUGACUAGAUGAUAAGGAAAAUGUAUUCUCCCUUUUAAGAAACACGGUGCUGCCCCUCGUCUUCUUGCUUCCCAGACCCCCGAGUCACGGAGCUCCGUCCUUCAAUUCUCAGACUCGGCAGCCGAAGGGGCGGGACCGGGCCUGGGAUUGGCUGUUGUCGGCCGACCCCUUUCCCUGCUGUCCAGUUCCUCUCCUCGGCUGGCGCCUGCGCUGUGGGGUGGCUGUGGGGGGCGGGAAGCGCUACGGGGCAGUAGAGCCCAUGUCGGCCUUGAGGCGCUCGGGCUACGGCCCCAGUGACGGUCCUUCGUAUGGCCGCUUCUACGGGCCCGGGGGUGGAGAUGUGCCCAUGCACCCACCUCCGCCCUUGUAUACUCCUCGCCCUGAACCUCCCCAGCCUCCCAUUUCCUGGCGGGUGCGCGGGGGCGGCCCUGCUGAGACCACCUGGCCGGGAGAAGGCGGAGGAGGCGAUGGCUACUAUCCCUCUGCAGGCGCCUGGUCAGAAACGGGUCGAGCUGGAGGAAACCACCAGAGUUUGAAUUCUUAUACAAAUGGAGUAUAUGGCUCACCAUACCCCACCGGUCCUGCGACAAAUACUGCCUCAUACUCUGGGGCAUAUUACACACCGGGAUAUACUCAGACCAGUUACUCCCCAGAGAUUCCAAGCACUUAUCGUUCACCCGGCAACAGCCCAGCCCCAGUCUCUCGUUGGCUGUAUCCUCAGCAGGACUGCCAGACUGAAGCAGCCCCUCUUAGGGGGCAGGUUCCAGGAUAUCCUGCUUCACAGAACCCUGGAAUGACCCUGCCUCAUUAUCCUUACGGGGAUGGUAAUCGUAGUGUUCCACAACCAGGACCAACUGUACGACCACAAGAGGACUCAUGGGCUUCUCCUGGUGCUUAUGGAAUGGGAACCCGUUACCCCUGGCCUUCAGCUGCCCCCUCAGCACCACCUGGGAAUCUCUACAUGAGUGAGAGUACUUCACCAUGGCCUAGUAGCAGCUCUCCUCAGUCACCUCCUUCACCACCACCCCAUCAGCCCAAGGAUGCCUCAUACCCCUAUAGCCAAUCAGAUCAAGGCAUGAACCGGCACAACUUUCCUUGCAAUGUCCAUCAGUAUGAGUCCUCGGGAACAAUGAACAAUAAUAAUUCAGAUCUUUUGGAUUCUCAAGUCCAAUAUAGUGCUGAGCCUCAGCUGUAUGGUAAUGCCACCAACGAACACCCCAGCAAUCAAGAUCAAAGUGAUAAUCUUCCUGAAGAGUGUUUAUCUUCAGAUGAAGGUACUCCCCCAAGUAUUAAAAAAAUUAUACAUGUGCUGGAGAAGGUCCAGUAUCUUGAGCAAGAAGUAGAAGAGUUCAUAGGGAAAAAGACAGACAAAGCAUACUGGCUUCUGGAAGAAAUGCUAACCAAGGAACUUUUGGAACUGGAUUCAGUUGAAACUGGGGGCCAGGACUCUGUCCGGCAGGCCAGGAAAGAGGCUGUUUGUAAAAUCCAGGCCAUCCUGGAAAAACUGGAAAAAAAAGGAUUAUGAAGGAUUUAGAACAAAGGGGAAGCCUGUUACUAACUUGACCAAAGAACUCUUGAUUUUGGUUAAUUAACCCUCUUUUUGAAAUGCUUGUUGGUGACAAGAAGCAAUACAUUCCAACUUUCCUUUGAUUAAAACUUGAAAAACUGGUAAAGGACUUGAAAGAACAUUUUAGUUAUGAGUUGUUUUCAGUUUUCAGACCAAUGAAUGUAAUAGGAAACUGUGGAGUUACCGUUAUUGCCAAGUAGACUCACUCCUUAAGAAAUUUGUGGAUAUCUACAAGCUGCUUCUUAUCAGCAGGAGGGAAACACGCUUUAUGUAACAGGCUUAUCAAAAAUCUACCAGAUGAGACUGGAUAUAAUCUGAGGCAAACAGGCUCUGCUUUUUUAACCAUAUGGAUUACUUGUCACAUUUUUGUACAUUGUGACUGCUUUCAACGUACACUUCAUGUGUAAAUUACAGCUUGGACUUUAGCCUUCUUGGACCUCUGUUUUGUUUUGUUAUUUGCAGUUCACAAAUAUAGUAUUAUUCUUUA